AUGUCUGGUCGUGGAAAGGGUGGAAAAGGACUUGGAAAGGGCGGAGCAAAACGUCACCGGAAAGUACUCCGUGAUAACAUUCAGGGAAUCACAAAGCCGGCGAUUCGGAGGUUGGCUAGAAGAGGCGGAGUCAAGAGAAUCAGCGGAUUGAUUUAUGAAGAGACUCGAGGUGUUCUCAAGAUCUUUUUGGAGAAUGUGAUUCGUGAUGCGGUGACUUACACGGAGCAUGCUCGCCGCAAAACGGUGACUGCCAUGGAUGUUGUAUACGCUCUCAAGAGACAAGGCCGAACUCUUUAUGGAUUUGGGGGCUAA